AUGAAUGACCCCCUCCAGGUGCGAUAUCAAUAUUUUCAGCCAGGGGACCUCAUCAUUGGUGGGAUCACUUCCCAGCUCUUCUCCUUUUCUGAGGGCGCAGACUUCAACACACACCCCAUACCAAAGUAUGACGUUGAACCUGUUGCAAUGCUGAAAAAAUAUCAACAUGCCCUGUCCUUUGUAUUUGCUGUGAAGGAGAUCAAUGAGAACCACAAGAUCUUACCCAACAUCACCUUGGGGUUCCAUGUUUAUGACAGCCACUUUGAUGCACAGGUAACUUACCAGAACACUUUGAACCUUCUAUUUAAUCAGAAGAGAACCGUUCUCAACUUCAACUGUGACAUGAAGAAGAACCCCGUUGCUGUCAUUGGGGGACUUGAUUCAGAAACAUCCCUCCACAUAGCCACGAUCUUAGGGCUUUACAAGAUACCACAGCUAUACCCUUUUCUGAGGCGUAUCUCAUUUAACAACACUGCUGGGGAUAAGGUCUCAUUUGAUGAGAAAGGUGAAUUGAUAGCUGGAUUUGAUAUUAUCAAUUGGGUUACUUUCCAAAAUAAAUCCUUCCUAAAAGUGAAAGUAGGGAGGAUGGAUCCUCAGUCUCCGCUGGGCAGAGAGUUCUCCAUUAAUAAGGCCAUCAUUACAUGGCACAGCCAAUUCCAAAAGGCUGUGCCCCUUGCAUUGUGCAAUGCCCCCUGCCACCCGGGUUCCAGCAGAAAAAAGAAGGAGGGAGAGACAUUUUGUUGCUAUGAUUGUGCUCUAUGUCCAGAAGGGAAGAUUUCGGACAAGAGAGACAUGGAUGAUUGUUUCCACUGUCCAGAAGAUCAAUAUCCCAACAAAGAGAGAAACCAGUGUCUUCCCAAGGACCUAAACUUCUUGUGUUAUGAUGAACCUCUGGGCAUCACUUUGACUGCUUUGGCUCUGGCUUUUUCUAUAGUCACUGCUUUUGUCCUUGGACUCUUCAUCAAGCACCGGAAGACUCCCAUUGUCAAAGCCAACAACAGGAACCUCACUUACACCCUCCUCAUCUCCCUCCUGCUCUGCUUCCUCUGCUCCUUGCUAUUCAUUGGCCAGCCUCAGAUCGCAACCUGUUAUUUACGACAAACUGCUUUUGGUAUCAUCUUCUCAGUGGCUGUUUCUUCCGUCUUGGCAAAAACCCUCACUGUUGUUUUGGCUUUCAUGGCAACUAAACCAGGAUCCAAGAUGAGGAAGUGGCUGGGGAAAAGAUUUUCAACCUCUAUUAUUCUCUGUUGCUCAUUUAUCCAAGCGAGUAUUUGCAUGCUAUGGCUGGGUACUGAGCCUCCAUUCCCAGAUCUUGACAUGCACUCUCUGCCUGAGUAUAUCUUAGUCGAAUGCAAUGAGGGCUCACCCAAUAUGUUCUACUAUAUUCUUGGUUACAUGGGAUUUCUGGCUCUUGUCAGCUUCGUUGUCGCUUUCUUUGCUCGGAAGCUUCCGGACACUUUCAAUGAAGCAAAAUUUAUAACUUUCAGCAUGCUGGUGUUUUGCAGUGUAUGGCUUUCAUUUGUCCCCACUUAUCUGAGCACCAAAGGGAAGUAUAUGGUGGCUGUGGAGAUCUUCUCUAUCUUGGCCUCCAGUGCUGGAAUACUCGGUUGCAUUUUCUCCCCUAAAUGUUACAUAAUUAUCCUGAGGCCAGACCUGAACAGUAAAGAGCAGCUAAAAAAGAGAAAUAAGUAA